AUGGACUUGAGGUCGUUAAUUUACGGUUCAAACCCACCGCCCAAACCCAAUACCGACGUUCCGUUAUCCGAUGCCGACGCGCACGAGCCUCAUAACCACAGUGCUUUUUCUUCUUCCUCCGCCCGACCACCAGUCGGAAAGGUCGAGGAAGUUGAUGGGAACGACGUGGACGAACACGACGUUCCUCCCGGAUUCGCUAGUCAUUCGGUCUCCGCACUGGAUAGCACCAACCUUCCAUCGGAUGUGCCUUCUGCCGGGAAUGGUCCCCUCCACGACACCCAUCGAACCAAUGCCGUCCCCCCAUCGCUACCGCCAACAGACGACCGGAAUACCGGCCCUACUGAUGAACUGUACCAAAAUCCUUACCUUGACGAAUCGAAUGCGGCGGCUCGUUUGAAUGCCUUGUAUCAAGCCGCCAACGUUCACGACAUUCCGAAACAAUCCCGAUCCACCCACCACGGAUUCCCCAAAAGCAGUCGUCCUCGUCCGUCAUCGCCACCACCACUACCCGCUCAACAGCAAACGAUCGAUUCCCGUGCGCCCCUGCAAAAGUUGGUACAAUCCGCUACGCACUACAUCCCGGCUCGUUUAGAAACGGUCCGGGGUACCGCUGCAACACUCCCGCCAGUCGCCACCGUCGAUAUCCAAUCGGAGCCGCAAAACCAACGACGGCGCAGACGAUCCCGGCCGCCACCCAAACCAAAACCACCCAAAACACCCGAGUAUUACGCCGUGAAGCAACGAAAAUACGAACUUACCGCGGAAUGGGCGGUGGUAAGGAAUCGAUGGCAGAAACGCAAGUACGAUUAUCGAGACGAACCGGAUGUUGGCAACGUCGUGUCUCGGACCAUUGAACGAGUGUGGCGUAUUCGACCAGAACCACACAUAAACAAUCCAACAAAUACUAGAGCAAACCAGAUCGAUUCGGCGACAUCUGUAUUUGCUAAAAGGCAAGCGGACCCCGUACUCGAGGAGGAACCAAAGGAUGACGAGAACACUGCCAUGGUUAAGAAAGAGCGCGGUUCGGUAGAUCCCUAUGUCGACACUUCGGACGAGGAACAGGACGCAAUAUACCGUCGUUUAGUGAAGAGUUCGCUACGGGAACAAAGGAAUCAUGCAAUGGCAGCAUCCGAAGGUGGUACAAAGGAUUUGCGACCGUGGAGUGAGCGCCUGGACUUUUACAGUCUUGGUUAUGCGGUACCCCGUGAUCACGAAAUACCCGUCAAUUAUUGGGAGUACGUGAAAAAGCAUGGCUUUGUCCGUGUUCCGGAUCAAGUAUUAGAACAAGAUAACGAUACCGACGAUCAGGAGAUAGUUUCGGGCUCGUCGAACACGGUGACGAUAGGCACGUUCCAUUCGAAUCGGUUCAGCGACGCGUUGAACAAACUGCCACCCGUACCGAGGAAUUUUCCCUACCGGCAACCGACAUGCUCGACCAAUUUGCCCUUUCACUUUCAUCGAUGUUACGCACUACAAAUGGCCGCUCAGCUUACAGUAGGAAUGGCGGGAUUGUUUGACGACGGUGCUUUGGCGUUGAGCACUCGCACGUUGCGGCUAUUGUGUCAAAAGACGCUAUACGAAAACGAUCAGUCCAGUUUAGUCCGUCUCUGGACAGGGAUCCACGGUGACAUGCUGCAGCUUUUUGUGCGAAACACUUGGAAGAACCGUCGUGAGGUGGCCGAGUUGCUGGGUCUUACACCGGAUCGUAACUCUACUGGUCCUUUGGAUUUGAUUGGCUUCCAAACUGAUCUAGGAAAAGCCCUUCCCCGCGCAGCAGAUCGGAUCCGCCAGGAGCUUCAGAAAAAAUACAAGAUUUCGGCCGUACCUUGGGAUGCCACCACCUCCUUGCCACGUGUGGGAUCGAUUCGCGCCAACAACCGUACACGAAGUUUUGCACCCCAGACACCAUAUGUCUUCUUGCCCGGAACAAUUCCUCCAAAACCCACUUUGCCUAUGGAUGUAACUGGAAUAGAGUUCGGGACAGCUGAUAGGAAUAGUACUGUCUCGUACUGGAGUAAGGUUGACCACAAAUGCGUUGUCUUGGCGUCGGCUUUGUUGGUUGCGCAAAUAGCGACGGCACGGUUGUCGACGACGACGAAGACGACGUACAAAAAGUCGUGCGCACUCCUGCGGAAGCUACUUCAAGAAACAAUUACGAGCAACACAUCCAACUGGUACAAACGGUACGCCAUUGCUUGGAAAGAGCCAGUGGAAGUUCCACUGGUUGCUCUCAAUUACGCCGUAAUGGAUUUUAUUAACAUGUCUCUGAAUGGGGUUGCCACAGUCUCCAAUCAACGCGGCGAAGGCGUAUCGGAUAAAGAGAAUGAGUCAAUGUCCGGAGAAGUAUCGGACGAGGAGAGCAUAUUAAGUAAUGCCAACCCAGAGGAAGCAGAGAUAGGCGUCGACGCAAUAGCGGAACGCUUGGUGAAUUAUCUCGGAGAUCGCAUUGAGCACAACGGUCUCGAGUUCUUUUCUCGCCCUCACCUAUCGUUUGGGCUCCUGCAGAUCGCCAAGGUAUUGCCCGAAUCAGCGGCCAGGAUUUUGGGAAGCCCUCUUGAUCACGAUGUGUUUCGUACUCCAUUUGAUGUGUUUCGCAGUACUCUGCAGCAUUUGGAAGAUAAUGGGCUUCUGUUUGAUCAGUCGGUUGCAUCCAGAUCGAUCGGAAUCAACGUUGCGCAACUGGAACAUGCCAUAUAUCAAGCGACUGUCAGCUUUUCACGUUGUGUGGAUCGCGAGCCUACAAAUACUGAGUAUCAUGCUUGGUACAUAGGGGGGCUUGCCAGUGCCCUUCUGUUAAGUUCAGGAAACAAGAUCGGCUCAGGUGCCCGUUGUUACCCCUCACAAUUGACGUCUAAAGAAAGAGAACAAAGAGCCCUCGUUUUGUUGACUGGUCACGUAGCCGAGUCAAGCGACACUCACGGAGUUAGGCAGAUGCUUUCAAAGUUCAAUCAACUUCGCCGUGAGACGGCCAAGGCCUUUAAACUUCUCUGCGGUCUUGUUCAGCGUCAAGAAACGUCCCGUUCUCAUCUUGUGAUGAAGUCCUUUUUGGAAUGGAAGCAGGCCCUUGCUUUGAUGAUUGGGGCACCAGCCCAAAGUAAAGAUACCUUUCGAGUCAUUCGCCAGAUGCACCAGCGACACUUAAUGAUGUGGUCAAGAAAGGAACAGUCGCUUGAGGCCAGAAACAUACUCUACGAGAUGGAAGUUUGCAAGGAUGCUCGAUUGGAAGCAGCAGCAUCCGCACUGGAGCAAGAUCCUACUGACUUGAAAAAUUGGCGAUGGUUGAUCCAGGAAAUUGGGAAUUUGGCUCAUCGCGUCUCGCAGCAAAAGCAAGGCAAGUGCAAAUUUUGUCUAGAUUGUGCUUUAGUACGAAAAGAUUUGAAUAUAGAUCACCAGCACCGUGAACGAGUUGUUAGAGAAGGCUGGAUGAAGCACCGUCAUGGAAUUUGGGAAGGCUUGUUCAAUAGCCUAUCCUCUAAGAGGAUUCGUGCACUCACUAGCGAUUCGGUUCGAAUUUGUCGUAUACUGUCUCAGAGACCUGCAGCAAGGCAGGUACCUGUAGAAUCUCCAGAGGAGACCAAUCAACAAAAUACGACGAAAAGACUUACGUUUAGUGAUCCUGUCGACUGGCUCGAUGAGGUCAUCACCGAAGUUGUGGACAGAAAGGAGCAGUUGUCGGCACAGAUGCGAAAUAGAACAUAUGAUAAUGAUCUCCCAGGACAAGAAUUCAUCAGCACCGGUCAAUUUACAACUGACUGUGAAAAGCUUGUCAACGUAUCUGACGAUAUGGAGCUGUUAUGUUACAAAAUUUAUCUGCUUUGUUACAUGUACGGACCCUCCCAUGCAGCCGUCGAGCCUGCGAUUAUUUCUCUUGUAAACAAAUGCUGGAAUGUGAAGUCGCCCCGACUUGUUUUGAUGUCAAAUAAGGACGAGUGCAAAUGCUUGGAUUGGUUAUCUUCUCGAGGGUUGAAUAUCGCCGCUAUUGUUGAAAAGAGGUGUCUUGAUCAGGUAUACGAAACACGAAGCGGGGACCCUUUGGUCCGAGGCGCUGUUACUCGCCAAAUGCGCGAGGCUAUAAAGGACUCCAUUGCUUGGAAAGGCUACUUCUCUGUUGCCUUUACGCUAACAAACUACGAGGCUUUUAAGCCGCACACACGGAAUAGAUGCAUGACGGUUUUUACGCGAAUGGUUCAAGUUGGAGAGGUCGAAGACGUACGUGACGGUGCACGCAGUUUAAAAACUGCUUACAAGGCCGGCUUUGUUGAGCAUGCAGACGGCACCCGUCAUUCCCGUGAUCCGCUCGUAGAGUCUGACAGAUUCCACUCGUACGAGGCUCCCGAGAGCUCUGCGCCACGGGAUUGGACCUGGGCGAGCGUAUACGGCUUUUGGGUACCGCAAGGAUACGGAUGGGAUCCUGUUGAGCAGAAGCUAGUCGAGGGACGACCAUUGCCAAUAGCAAAGCCCAAGAAGAUGACAAAAAAAACUUCCAUCCCGAAUUUAAAGAGCGGAAUAAAACAAGGCAACAAAAAGUGCGCUUCAAAGCGAUCACCGACUCACCGACUAUCCAAACCUGCCACCAAGCGCCGAAAACGCGAAGUUGAGUCUCUGGACGAUGGUCAAGGCAAGACACCGAUCCAACCGUCGUUGGAAACUACUGUAGUUUGCGACAUCAAUCCAAAACCAGGAACGUCAUUACCAGCAAAUACCCUUACAGAUAAUGUAAUGACUUCUGCGGACCUCAAGGACUUGUAA